AUGGUGAAGGUGAAAGGUAAAUGUGAUGCUAUCAUCGAUCUUAUUCUUAUAAUAGAUUCAUCUGGAAGUAUUUCUUUUGAUGAUUUUCAAAAAGGUAAAGAAGUAUUAAUUGAUGCUAUCAGUCGACUUAAUAUUGAUGUAAAAAAAGCUGGUGUAGCUCUUAUUAAUUAUGCAUCAAAUGUAUCACUUUUUACUCAAAUUGGAGUAUUUGAAUUUGAUAAAACAGAAUUACUCACACAUAUUGCUGCACUUUCACAUAUUCGUACAAAUACAGCAACUGGUGAUACUUUAGCUUUAGCUAGAAAUAAUAAAGGUCGACUAGUAAUACCUGCUGCUCAACCAAUACGUAAUACAUCAAUUGAAUGUAAUCGUUUUGCCAUCAGUAUAGGACGUUUCAUAAAUUUUGAGGCGCGACAAAAUUAG